AUGGCCGACUAUCAAUACAACUCACGGGCUCCUCCUGGCCAACGCCAGCGGGGUUAUCCCGAUCAGAAUGGUAACUACCAACGAGAUGCCGCGUUCUCAAACAUCUUUGGUGCUGCCCCCCCUCCUGGGAGGUCCCAAACCAUGACAUCGUCCUCCGUCCCACCAAUGCUUGACCAAGGCAGGACACAUACGAUGUCGUCUGCCUCUGGCAUGCGCCAACCGCCUCCUCGCCCCGGCCAGGGAUACUAUGAUGAUCGUGGGCAGCAACCACCGAGACCUCGACCGGCCGAUAAUUACAUGGCAAACGGCCAUUAUCCGGGUCAACGCUCUGCUUCUGCUUCUGGUGGGCCUCAAGCUCACUCGUCUCAAGGACAAUAUCUGCAACAGCAACAGCAGCAAGCAAGGCGCCCAUACCCGGGGCCCCCAAGCGCGGCGCCUCCACGGUUUGAUUCUCGUGGCCCGCCGUUGCCAUCUGGUGGCCCCAGGGGUCCAGUUCAGAGACAUUACCCAGGAGGAGGACCAGGUCCUGCGUUGAAUAGUGACCCAUACCGAUCGCAGUCUUUGGCUUCAAUGCCUCGCCCACAGAUGUAUCCCCCAGCGCAAAAUUCUUACCAGCAAUCGUCCGCAAACCAUUUUCGACAAGCACCCUAUACGCAGCAUGCUGCCCAGUCGAGGACGACCGCUCAGGGCCGGGUGGUGCCAGAUCGUCACGAGGAUCGCUCAAUGUCCUUGACUGGAGUCUACCAUCCUCAAGAUCGCGAUGGCCAACAAACUAUGAGCGGGCGAGUUAUUCCCAAUCGGCGGGCACCCACUGAGCUCAACUCAGGGGCCGGAUAUCCGGUUCAAAACAGCGGCUACCCCCCUAUGCCAGGUUCUCAGACGCGGACAGCAAGCAUGGCCUCUUCAACUAGUGGUGCGGAUCAUGGAAGGACUUUCUCCAUGGCCUCUGUGGCUUCGACAAUAGCUCCAUCCGAAUCUGACUCGGCCACACUUGUGCAAAGACCGUCCAGGAGCAAGUCAAUUGAGAGCGAGCGCCCGACGACUGCCACAACGAAAAUCCGCCCUCCGCUUGUAUACCCAGCUCUGCUUUCACGAGUGGCCGAGUGCUUCCGGCAGAAGAUUAUCGUGGGCGACAGGACGAAGAACGAACUCACGUACAAGAAUGCCUUCAGCGGCUCCGAGGCAGUUGAUGUGCUGUCCUACAUCAUCAGGACCACCGAUCGAAAUUUGGCUUUACUGCUCGGUCGGUCUCUGGAUGCGCAAAAGUUCUUUCAUGAUGUCACCUAUGAGCAUCGACUGCGAGACUCACAAUCAGAAAUGUAUCAAUUCCGAGAAACUCUCAUGGACGAGCCCGAAGGAAAAAACCCCGUCGAUGGUGUAUUCGUAUUGCUUUCAGAGUGUUACUCUCCUACCUGCACGAGAGACCAACUCUGCUAUUCCAUUGCUUGCCCUAGAAGACUAGAGCAGGUUUCUAGACUGAACCUGAAGGUUAAUCCUGGUGGGCUGCGUAAGGAGGACUCGGCCAAUGUCAACGACGACGAAGUCGACCAAACUGAUGAGCAAAAGCUGUGGAUCAACUCCGUACCCAAGGAAGUUGCUGACGCGGUGAGCGAACGAGAAAAGAAGAGACAAGAGGUUAUAUCUGAGAUAUGUUACACUGAGCGAGAUUUCGUAAAGGAUCUCGAGUACCUCCGUGAUUUCUGGAUUAUUCCUCUGCGAUCAAAGGCCUCGCCCAUCCCCCUGCAACGCCGAGAGCGAGUUGUCAAGAAUAUUUUCAGCAACAUUAUCGAUCAUCCAAGCGUCCAUAAUGUCAGCUCGCGGUUUGCAAGCUCUCUGACCGCCCGACAGCAAAAAGAUCCCAUUGUGCAAAACAUUGGUGAUAUUUUCUUGGAAUUCGUGCCCCAAUUUGAACCCUUUAUUUGGUACGGCUCUAAACAGUUGGAAGCUAAGUUCGAGUUCGAAAAUGAGCGAUCAGUCAACCCUUUCUUCUCCAAGUUGGUUGACGAAAUCGAGCGGCGAAAAGAGUCACGAAAGCUGGAGCUAAACGGUUACCUUACCAAGCCAACCACACGUCUGGCUAGAUACCCUCUACUGCUGGAGAAUGUGUUGAAGUAUACGGAAGAUGGCAGCCCUGACAAGGAAGACAUUCCGAAAGUCCUCACCAUAAUCCGAGAUCUCCUUGGAAGAGUGAAUGCGGAGUCUGGUAAAGCCGAGAACCGUUUCAACCUACGAAGACUUCAGGAGCAGCUUCGAUUCCGACCCAACGAACGGGUCGAUUUGAAACUCACUGAAGAUGGUCGCGAACUUGUGUUCAAGAGCCAGUUUAAAAAGUCGCCUACUGACCCUGCCGAGUUGACUGCUUUCCUCUUUGACCAUGCUGUUUUGCUUGUUCGCAUAAAGCAGACCGGUAAGACGGAAGAAGUCAAGGCAUAUCGACGACCAAUUCCGCUAGAACUGCUUGCUAUUCGGGAGAUGGAAGAAGUCAUCCCGUCCGACGGCACCGUUAAACGCACAUCUUCUAGCAUAAUACCAGUCAUACGGGCCAACGCGUCUGAGACUAAAAAGGGAGACGGCUGGCCGAUUACCUUUAAGCAUCUUGGUAAAGCUGGAUAUGAGCUUACCGUCUAUGCCUCGAACCAGGCAGCACGGAAGAAGUGGCUCGAGUAUAUUGAUGCCGCACAGCAGCGCCUCCGGGCUCGUGCGGACUUCUUCACCACCAACAUCAUCUCAAGCAACUUCUUUGUUGGAACGAACCAGGUCAACUACGGUGGUCGCAAACUUCUUUACGGCACCGAUAACGGCGUCUACAUCUCGGAUCGCAAGAACAAAGAUGCAGUGCCCCGACGGAUUCUUGAAACAGCCAGUGUUACCCAGAUUGAUAUCCUCGAAGAGUAUCAACUUCUUCUCGUACUCUCUAACAAGACACUACAAUCGUAUUCACUGUCUGCCCUGACGUCCGAUGACCCUGCUCUGGCCAAGAGACCUAAGAAGAUUCAGAACCACUGUAGCUUCUUCAAGACUGGCAUCUGCAUGGGACGGCAUCUCGUCUGCUGCGUCAAGUCCUCAACACUAUCCACCACGAUCAAGGUGUUUGAGCCUAAUGACGCCAUGACGAAGGGCAAGAAGCAGAAGGGUCUCGGAAAGCUCAUGGGUGGUGGCUUUGAUGAGCUGAGGCCAUUCAAGGAGUUCUAUAUCCCAACAGAAUCGUCGUCGGUUCAUUUCCUCAAGUCAAAGCUUUGCGUGGCCUGUGCCAGGGGCUUUGAAGUUGUCUCUCUGGAGACUCUGGAGACACAGUCGCUCCUUGAUCAAGCGGAUACCUCAUUGGAUUUCGUGGCUCGCAAGGAAGGAGCUAAGCCUAUUCACAUCGAACGCCUCAAUGGAGAAUUCCUGCUUAAUUAUUCCGAGUUCUCCUUUUUCGUCAACCGAAAUGGAUGGAGGGCUCGACCGGAAUGGCGAAUUGACUGGGAAGGCUCUCCUCAGAGCUUUGCGCUCAGCUAUCCUUGGAUUCUUGCGUUUGAGCCCAACUUUAUUGAGCUGCGCAACAUUGAGAAUGGCGCUGUACACAUUGUACCACACAAGAAUAUUAGGAUGCUCCAUAGCAGCACUCACGAGAUUUUAUUCGCCUAUGAAGAUGAACGGGGAGAGGAUGUAGUGGAAUCUAUCGAUUUUUGGCAGAGCAACAGACGAUCAGACGUCUUUGGUGCCCUGCCGCCAUCACAACCUGCCCACCCGCGAUAGUGGUCGCGUUUGUUCUACGACAUAUUAGAACCCUUAAUUUCCAGGAAAUCCUUCUUGUAUCCCAUGAAAGCGCAAAGAUAUUGUGGCUCAUCGCUGAGAGCAAUAUGUUUGAGUGGACAGUUGUUUUCAACCUAUUUCCUUAUUUUUUUCUCUCUCCCCGAUUACAUACACCGUAUAAAGCGCUGCGACUCUAGCUGGGUUGGGACAGGGGUAACCUCUUUACAUAGGCGCAGAAGAAUCAAGAGACAUCCUUUCAAUCACCGAUAAGCGUCUCGCAGAGGCUUGUCUCAUAUAAUUCUGCGGUUCAUUUUCUACUUUCCCUUGAAUGUUUUGGGUUCCCCUUUCAGUUUGUAAGUGGGCGACGGAGGAAGGCUGGUGAGUGAGUGAGUGAGUGAGCUUGCUCAGGGUUGUUUUGAGAGCGCGAGGCGAAGCUGUGGUAUUGAAGUGGAGGAAAGACAUGUACUUAAGUCAUGGACAAGGAAUUUUUGCAGCUUUUGGAGGAUACGUCUGGAGCUUUGAGAGAGAGCCGUAGCGGCAGAUAGGUUUUGAAGCGGAGGCUUUAUAAUUGGAGGCGGAUUGAUUC